CAUAGUGAUUUAUCGCGAGCCGCAUUAAGGUGAGGAGGCUUGGAAGGACCAAUGACAGUGCCAAGUUUUCCGGAGCUUCUCCUUCGCUGUAGACGCUAACGAGCAAGGAAAAAAAGUAAAUGCAGCUACGCCUUCCAAGAAAUACAGAUGUUACCUGCCAGGCGAAUUCUACCUGUCCUCGCACCGUCAAACUCUAUAUCAGCCCUAAGUCAACCUAUACGGCAUAGCUGCAACUAUCGACUAUCUGAGAUUCCUAAUAGAAGCCAUUGAGCGUUGAGAGCUAUUAGAGAAAAAGCGAUAUUUAUCAUGCCUCCAAUUUUACCCACUUCGACAUCGGAUAGCUCAUCCAUUGGCCAAGUUUUGGCUCGCGAGCUCGAACACAUUAAGCCAACAAGAACUCUGCCGGAAGCCGUGACUAAAGUUCUCGCGGCCCGCCAGCAAGGAACCACAACCGUUGUAACAACCGGUAGUAGCACGCCAACAAACAAUCUGUCGGGCGGAGCGAUCGCCGGAAUCGUCAUCGGCUCUAUCGCCGGUUUCCUAAUCUUGCUCUGGAUUAUCCGGUCCUGCAUCAACUACCGCAACCCGGGGGCGUGGGGGGAAACGUUUGAGCCGGAUAACGAGAAGCCGCCGCACACCCACUAUUACGGCGGGUCGACACGGUACCCCCGGGAGAUACACGGCCACCGUCACCGGUCGCACUCGCGCCAUUCUCACCGGAGCCCGCGGCGCACCUCCGUCGUGAGCGUCACGAGACCCGCCUACGUCGACCGCAGCAGGAGUCCUCGCGCUCCGCCAGCGGCUUACUAUGCUGACGAGAGAGACGUGCGGAGAUCGCGCGACGGGAGGAGACAUUCGCGCGGGUAUUGAGCUUGCGAAAUCUUGCAGAUGGCUGGGCGAUUCUUUAAACACAAUAUGCUGAUAAUGACGAUGACAAUAAUGAUGAUGUAUAUAUUACGCUGACGAAAAUAUGGUUGGGCAGAGUGCUAGAAAAGGCCUGGGAAAUACAAGGUGGAUGUGGUCUAUUCCUGGGUGGAGUAUAUGGGUUAAGUUCUUUACGAAAUGUGGAUGAAGUACAUUAUAUAAUGAAUACUCAAGUGCUUAUUUCACGAAUCUCAAAUGCAAGGCUGGAAUAUUGA